AUGUACUCACCACUGGCCAUUGCCGUGAUCGGUGCAGAGAAGUAUGCCGCACCCAACAGCGUUCGUGCGUCAGCUGGGAGGUCCGGCAACCACGGUUUCAAUGCCUUCAGCAGAUCGUUCAAGUGCGAAUGGGGAGCUUUCGACCGUAAAGCCCACUUUCGCACAGCUUCACGAGCGCUUGCAUCCUUCUCCUCUACUUCUGCAGUUGAACCAACUUCUUCGUCCGUAGACGCACUGGCACCCUCCAAGGAAGAAGAGCGUUCGUUCUCCAGCGAAGUUGAGGACAUAGACUCGUCCGUGACGCUUCCCGACCAACUACUCGAUGAUUUGUCCGACGACGGAAUUUCCCCCACCUCUUCGUUGAUUCUUCGUAUUAUUUCUUCAGUUUCUCUACGUGCUUGA